UGGCAUUACAAAGGCCAAAGCAGAGCUGCUGUGAAGACAUGCCUCCCAAGAAGAAAAAUGCCAUUCCUGACAGAUGGACAGACUAUACAGCAGUGGGUAAGCGGAUCCCUGGAACUCGCUUCAUCGCUUUUAAAGUUCCCUUAAAACAGUCUUUCAGAUAUCAUUUAACACAAUCAGAAGCCUUUGGACCGCUUGAUCUUGUGCGUAUUUUAGAGAAGGAAGGACAACAACUGGGUCUCAUCAUUGAUCUGACCUACACAACUCGCUACUACAAAGUAGAGGAUUUGCCGAACACAUUGUACCACCUGAAGAUCUUCACAGCAGGGCAUGAAGUGCCAAACGAUGCCACGAUUCUCAGCUUCAAGAAGGCCGUCAGACAUUUUCUGCAUGACAAUGAAAACAAUGGUGAGUUUUAG